AUGGAGAGUAAGGAGAUCGCCUCGACUCGCGUUGCGGCCGUCGUUGACGACGAUCUGGCCGUCAAAGGCUCUGAUCGUAGCGAUGUGGAUUCGACAAACAUCCAAUCUUCGCCGGUGUCCGUAACGCCUAAACAGACCUGGAGGUCGUAUUUCUGGGACACUUUUGACAAGUCCCCCGAGGAGAGGCGUUUCUUGUUCAAGCUGGACGCCAUCAUCUUGACAUUCGCGUCUCUGGGGUACUUCAUCAAGAACCUCGACCAGGUCAACGUCAACAGCGCCUUCGUGUCCGGUAUGAAAGAGGAUCUGGGCUUGUACGGAAACCAGCUCAACUACAUGAUCAUGUCUUGGACGGUUGGCUAUGUCAUCGGCGAAGUUCCUAGCAACAUGUUGCUAACCAAGGUUCGGCCUUCGAUCUGGAUACCGACUUGCGAGGUGGUAUGGUCUGUCCUGACAAUCCUACUCGCCAAAUGUACAAACGCCCAACAAAUUUACGUUCUGAGAUUCUUCAUCGGACUUGCGGAGAGUGCGUUCUAUCCUGGAAUGCAGUAUGUGAUCGGGAACCGAAAAGACGAGCUCGCCAAGAGAAGCUGUAUUUUCCACGCUAGCGGCGCGAUAGGCUCCAUGUUCUCUGGCUACCUUAUGGCGGCAGUCUACAGGCUCAACGACGUCAACGGCUUCCGUGGUUGGCAAUGGCUUUUCAUCAUCAACACCGUCAUCUCGCUCCCCAUCGCGAUAGCGGGAUAUUUCUUCUUCCCGGACGUUCCCGAAAUCACACGCUCUUGGUGGUUGACAGAGGAUCAGAUUAAGCUGGCAAGGAAACGGAUGGAGCUAGAAGGCCGCGCCAACAGAGGGUCCUACACGAAGGCCAAGUUCAAGAAGAUAUUCACCUCGUGGCAUAUAUACUCCCUGGUGUUUUUAUACAUCUUCUUCAACAACGGUCUCGGCUACGGUGGGCAGCCGGCUUUCGCAAUCUGGCUGAAGCAAGAAGGUUACAGCAUCACCGCCAUCAACUCCUAUCCCACUAUCGCUUCGGGCAUUGCCGUUAUCUUUACGUACAUUUACGCGUGGACGUCCGAUUCCGUCUUCAAGGGUGCUCGCUGGCCGCCUAUGAUGUUUUCGGGGGUGGUGAAUAUUAUCACCAACGCAAGUCUCGCCGCCUGGAACGUCCCGAACGGCUGGAAGUGGUUCUGCUUUGUCGUGGGAACUAUCGGAGGCGGAAUCAGCGGACUGACUUUCGCGUGGGCCCACGAGAUCUGCAGCGACGACAACGAGGAGCGGGCGUUGGUAGUCGGAGCCAUGAACGAGAUGGCGUACGUGAUCCAGGCAUGGCUGCCACUCAUUAUCUGGCAGCAGGUGGAAGGCCCGCAUUAUCGUAAAGGUUACAUUACCAUGGUGUUUUUCGGAGCCAGCCUUAUCGCCACUGCGCUGACGAUCCGGUUCCUACAUCACCGAGAACGCGCCUCGAAAGCUCGAGAGGCUAGCAUCGAAUAG